AUGAGGGUUCUGGUGACUGUGGUGUCCCUGUUCCUCCUGGGCAUCCAGGCCGAGACUCACUGGACCUACUCAGGGGACAACCUGGAAGAGAGUGACUGGCCGAAGGCGUACCCUGACUGUGGUGGGCAGAGGCAGUCGCCCAUCAAUCUUCAGAACAAGAAGGUGAAGUUCAACCGGUUCUUGAAGCCGCUGACCCUGAGUGGCUAUGGGGAGGAUGGGUUGGAGUUCUCCAUGACUAACAACGGCCACACAGUGCAGAUCUCCCUGCCUUCCACCAUGAGCCUGAAAGACUCUAACGGCACCGUGUAUAAAGCAGAGCAGAUGCACUUCCACUGGGGUGGGGACUUCGCAGAAAUCAGCGGCUCUGAGCACACCGUCGACGGGAUCAGGCGUGUGAUAGAGAUCCACUUUGUUCACUACAAUUCCAAGUACGAUAACUUUGACGAGGCCAAGAGCCAGCCCGAUGGUUUGGCUGUGCUGGCAGUUCUUGUGGAGAUUAAUGAAUAUGAGGAAAAUACCUACUACAGCCCCCUCAUUUCUGAGCUGCUCAACAUCCAGUAUACAGGACAAAUCACAACCCUGAAAAACACUAACAUUUAUAACUUGCUGCCUGGAGACACGUUCCACUAUUAUACCUACGAAGGCUCGCUCACCACUCCCCCUUGCACUGAGAACGUCAAAUGGUUUGUGCUCCAGGAUACCGUCAAGCUCUCUAAGACCCAGGUUAUGAAUAUGGAGAACACUAUUAAGAACAACCACAACGAGACCCUUCAUAACAUCUACCGCAAGACCCAGGCUCUCAACGAGAGAGUGGUGCAAGCCAAUUUCCCAGACUUCUUUAGUAAGAGUAAGUGA